GCUGCAGUCUGGAAUAAUUUGACAGUUCGUAUGGUCGAUUUUUUUCUACGGCGUUUCAGUAUUUUCAAGACUGCAGAGAUUGUGGAUGGGUAGACCCGUUUGUUUAAACUGCCAUGUGGGUUGACUAUACAACGGAGUCCGAAAUAUGAAUUUUAAGGACGACUUUAGGGCUUAUCCAUGGAUCUAACCACGAAGUUAGUUUCACAACGGUGUAGCAAACUGUUGCACGAUGUAAGGGGAUGUAUCGGGUAGGAAUGAAACUGUAAUGUGACCCGGCAAAGUGAUUACUGGAUUCUCGAUCGAGAGACAGACGUUAGGAAGAACUCUGGGCAGCAUACACAUACACCGGGAAAACGUAUUCCAGUAAAUUCUUGGAGUCUGUAUGACGUUUCGCGAUGUAGCGUAGGCAGUUGGUUAUAAGUUUUCGAGGUCAUCAAGAGUUUAUGCGAACAAUGGAUAAAAAGAGCGAAACAAUUGAAAAUGAUAUUUUGGAGGCUCCGAACCAAACGGCAUUCACUAACAACAAUAACGAGGAUUUACUGGUCAUCAACCACAGCAGCCCAAAGCCUCCACUGAGCGUAAUAUGGGCUACGAUACUGUUUUGCGCCGAGUUCAUCUGUGCUUCGAUGUUAUGCAGCCGAUACCACGCCAGCGACGACAUCAUCUGGAUGAGUUUGACUAUCAUUUUCUUUCUGGUGCCGUCAGUACUUACUCAGCUGACACUAACGUUCAUUCAUCGGGACUUGGGCAGAGACAGACCUCUUGUCCUGUUCAUGCAUCUACUACAAAUGGGGCCAGUCAUCAGGUGUAUUGAGGCUCUGGUCAUUUAUUUCAAAGCAGGAAAAACCGAGGAGCCCUAUGUCACCAUCUCCAGAAAGACCAAGUUAAAGAAAGGCAAAAGCGUGGGCAUGCCCACGGAGUGGGAGAUUGGCCACUCGGAGCGUAAACUGGCUGUUCAUCGGAAUGCCUUUAAGCGCACGGCCAUCAUUCAAGCCUUCCUCGGCUCCACGCCGCAGCUUACCCUGCAGCUCUACGCUACCAUCCAGGAGAAGUACAACCAUCAUUAUGUGAGACUUACUUUAAUGGCCAUUACUCUGAUAUCAAUCACCUAUGGGGCGCUGGUGUGCAGUGUUCUAGCCAUACAGAUCAAAUAUGAUGACUACAAGAUACGGGUGCAGCCAGGGGCCUACCUGUGCAUGGUUCUGUGGCGCGGCCUAGAAAUCGCCACCCGCAUCACCUCUCUGGUACUCUUUAGCACGGCUCUGACCCACUGGGUCAUACCUGUGGUUUUGGGCAACCUGAUCAUCUUCUUCUUUCUCCCAUGGGUGAAGUUCUGGGUCAAGAAAGCAUCUCUCCCUGAGAACGUGGAGAAGAACUUUAGUAAACUGGGUACCGUGGUGGUACUGUGCAUGGUUACGUUGCUCUACGCCUGCAUCAACAUCUUCUGCUGGUCGGCCGUCCAACUCGACUUAGCCGAUCACGACCUGAUCGAGAAGAAGCCAGGUUGGAGCAAGCUGUCUGCAUACUACAGCCUGCGUUUUUUCGAGAACGUCGCGCUCAUUGUCUUAUGGUACUUCUUCAAGUCGGACUUCUACGAGUACAUCUGCGCCCCGCUGCUGGUGGUCCAGCUGAUUGUGUGCUACGGCUUGGCCGUGCUCUUCAUGCUCCUGUUCUAUCAGUUUUGCCACCCGUGUCGCAAACUCUUCCGCCACAACGUGGAGGACUGCCUGCGCUGCGUGUGCUGCAGACGAGAGGCCGGAGGUGAAGCUCCAGCUGAAGCCGUACAGAUCGAUGAAGACACUGCACUGGCUGAGGAUCCAGCUCUACCUGACAUCGCCAGCCAGUUAGGAGACCGCGAGACUGAUAUCAUCGAUGAUGGCAUAUAUGUAGCUUGAUAAAGCCUCAGAGACAC